GGCGCUCUUGCUUCCGCCGAUGGGCCAGGCGCAUGUUGAUGACGUCUCUGAGUUAAGAUGGCGCAGCCCCGACUGGAGCAUGUUGUGGCAGACGCGGGAGCCUUUCUCCUUAAAGCUCCUCUCCAGGAGAUUGGGAAAAACGUGUACACGUUGAGCGAGGUGGUGGAGGAGAUCCGAGACAAGGCCACCCGCAGGAGUCUGGCCUUCCUCCCGUAUCAGCUCGUCCUCUGCCGGCCGCGACCGGAACACAUCCGAUGGGUGACGGAAUUCUCCAAGAAGACUGGAGACUACCCCAGCCUGUCGUCCACUGACAUCAAGGUGGCGGCGCUGACCUUGCAGCUAGAAGAGGAGCACGUGGGAACCAAACAUCUGCGGCGGGAGCCUCCCCUACAGGUCGACGUGAGCGGCACGCGGCGCCAUCCCGAAACGCCCGUCGACAUAGCAGGAUUUCACUUCCCCUCCGAGAAGCGCAGACCCCCGAAGCUGGAGGAGUCGUGUGAGGUCAACUCUUGCAGCAGCGAUGGCGACAAUGGCGACAACUCCUUUAACAGUUUCCAGUUCUGGAGAGACGUUCUUCCUAGCAUCGAGGAUGAACUGAGCGUUUUCUUGAGUUCCGAACAAAAGCAGGAAGCACCGAGCGAACCGUCCGAGAACUUUAACAGUUUCCUGUUCUGGAGGCAAACACCACCCCCCGUCGACAGCCACCUGCUGGCUCUACUGGACGAUGGCGUACAAGGAGAUGUCGGGGGGGCACUGGAGUGCCAGGAAACUGUAGAUGAUGAUGAUGACGAUGAUGAUGACGGAGGAGGAUGGAUCACCCCCAGCAACAUCGGGCGGGUGAAGACGGACUCGUGCGAUUGGACGACAGCUCCGGAGGUCAAAGUGGGAUGUCUGACCACAGACUUUGCCGUACAGAACGUCCUGAUGCAGAUGGGACUCCGCGUGGUGUCGGCGAACGGAAUGUUGAUCAAACAGGCUCGGAAUUACAUCCUGAGGUGUCACGCCUGCUUCACGACCACCGGCAACAUGAGCAAAGAGUUUUGUCCCAAGUGCGGCAACCGAACGUUGAAGAAGGUCAGCGUCAGCGUGGACCAAGACGGACACGUGUGCAUGCAUUUCUCCAGCAACCCCAAAGUGCUCAACCCGCGCGGACUCAGGUACACGUUGCCGCUUCCGCGGGGCGGGAAGCACAGCCACGAGCCGCACCUGUGCGAGGACCAGCGGUUCCCUCAGCAGCGGCAGUCCCGGAAAGCCCGGCAGAAGACGGACGCGCGGCAUCCGGAUUACGCGGCCGGAGGCGCCUCGCCCUUCUGCCCCAACGACGUGUACAGCCGCGCGGCUCACCUCAAGGUCCGAGAGGCCGGCUGCGGCGCCGGACGCCGCCGGGCAAACCCCAACGCGACGCGCGCCAAGUACGCCAAAUGAAGACUCCUCCCUCUUUUGCCAGCAUUUUUGCAUUCAGGAAAGAAAAAAAUAUAUAUAUACUUUGUUCCAUGUUUUGCCCUACAUUACAAUAAAAUGGUCUUGCUUAAAAUGUUUUU